AGAACUGAUCCCAUCGGCAAUCACUGACCACUUUAGCUUGUAAAUAAUUAUUAUUAAACUAUAAUUAAUAAGUUCUGCUUUAGUAAUCUAGAGGUCCACAUCAUAGAUUAAAGAUUAAACUACGCUCUAGUGCUCACUGUUCACUGCAGUUUACUCCCAACAAGCAACAAUUCGCUAAUUGUCUGUUAAUUAUUUAUUUCGUUCUUCUUUUUAUCCAAUUAAUAACAAACUCGUAAGUUGUAAUACCUAAAAGGUUUAGUUUAAAAUUUGUGUUACCCAAGCUAUGUGAUUGUUACAAUGGGCUGUGUUUACAGCAGCAGAAAAACUUUACCACCUUUUUUCUUCAAAGUUAUAAAUAUAGAUGACAAUGGUAAAGAGAAAUACCAUGGACAAAUGGAAAUUGCCACUUGCAAUCUGAUAUUGCAUAAAAGUGGUGAACCGCCUAUUAUUUGGCCUUUAAGCACAAUUAGACGCUAUGGUUAUGAAGAUUUCAUGUUUUGCUUUGAAGCUGGUCGCUCAUCUCCUUUUGGCCAAGGCAUAUUUGCAUUCAGAAGUAAAGACGCAAAAAAUAUUUUUAAUGCUGUCAAAGAAAAAUUACAGAUUGACAGUGGAGCAGAUAUAGUUAAAGAUAUUGCUUCUGAAGUACGUAAUUAUUCCGGUCAGUCAUGUACAAGUACACAUACUAUUGAAAAAGUUUAUGAUGAAUUUAGUUUCAAUGGGCUUAGGUUUAAUAGCGAGUCAAACAACAUCAUCCAACCUCCAGAUCUCAUGCUGGACCCGGACACUGCAUUUUUACCAAGAAGUUCUUACGUGAACAUGCUGAAUGACAAUGAAGAAGAUGACGAUGAUUUAUUUAAUGAUCCUUUUGAGUUACCUAAAGAUACUCCCACUUAUACUGAAGUUGAAAUAGCUGUUUGCACACCCAAAAGGAAGAGUGAAUCAUUGCCUACUUCCCCUACAGAUAUACCGAGUUAUACAGCAAUAGAUUUCAAUCAAACAAUGCAUUUAAGUCAGAAAAUGCUUAGGGGUAGUGAUGAUGCUGGAAUUAGGAAAACUAGACAUGAUUCUACAAUGAGCAAUCCUUAAUAUUAUUAGAAUCAACACAAUUUGGAGACCAAUUAUAAAUAUAUCCAACCAGAUUUGUGGCACUAGAAUAUUUAUGAUGAUCUUUAAUUUUUGUUUUUUGUUUAAGUAUAGUUCUUGAUUCGUGUUAAAUUAUUUUUCUUCCUGUAUUUAUACUGCUCAGUGCUUUAUUUUGGAGAGAUAUAUCUAGAACAAAAUUAGUAUUUAGUUAUGUUAACAUGAAUAAAGGUUAGAUAUAUUUAAAGGUUAUAUUUUAAAACCAUAAGGAAUAUAAUAAUUCCUAAUAACAUUAUCAGCUGUUAAUAUUUACAAAUAUAUUUAUUUAAUAAUCAUGCCAAAGCUAAUGUGAUGUGUUUUCAACACAGAUCUUUUUUUAAGUUACUAAUAUUUAUAUAUAUUUUGUUAAACACUCAGAAUAAUUACUGUUAUGUUAUUAUAGUAGUCUAAGAUCUGUUCAUUGUAACCUGAUUUGCCAAAUAAUUUGUACAAAUUUUAACAUUAUGUCUUAUACAAUUAUUUUGUGCCAUACACAUUCCUUAAGGUUGUUCAGACUGAAAAAUUUUCUUUGUUAAAACAUUGUUUAUUAUUAGUAUUUAUACCAAUACAAUAUAUAUUAUAUUACAAUAAAAUUGUAAAGUCAAAAAUGUAUAAUAUUUUAUACUAAAUAAAAUGGGUAGGUUAACCUAAAUAACCUAUUAAAUUUGUAAUAAGAAAACAAUUUGAAUAGUUCAAAUACAUAAAAUAAUAAUUUAUAAAAAAUGUAGGUUUUAAAAUACACAAUUAAUACCAUAGUAUUAAUGUUAUCACAUAUUCACAUGAUAUAAUUAAGAGAUUGAUUGUGUAAUUAAAAAAAAAAAAAUUGAUUUGGUAGAUUAGUCAUUUCUCAUGAUUAAAUACCAUAUAAUAAUAAUAAUAUAUUAGUUGUUAUUGAUUAUUAUAGAUGUAUAAGAGAUGAUUAUAAUAUAUUAUAAUUAGGAACUAUGAUUGUAUUAUAACUCAUAGUAAUCAGUACUUGUAGUUCAUAUUUGUUAAAAGUAUUUAUUUUUUAAUUUUUUAUAAAUCAAAUAUUUAUAAUCCAUAUAUAUAUAUAUAUAUUUAACAUGUUAACUUGUUUUUGUAAAUUUAUAAAUAAUUGGUAUUCUUAUCAAUUGUGUAGACUUUAAUUAGUCAAUGGAACUAAUGCACUGCUAUACUUAUAGUUACUAAUACCUUGUAAAUAUUAUUACAAGGACAAUUAAAUACAUUUUUUGUCUGUAGACCACAA